CAGGAGAGCGCGCAAUGGAGGUACCUGGCUUGACCGCCCGUCCCGCUUAGCACUGGCAUUAGGCAGUACGUACAUUACCUAAGUAGCAGGCACUACCUCUACCUACUCCGCUCUGCGCUGUCUCGAGCGGGCAAGUUUGGGGACGGGCACGGUGGAAAGCGGGUGCCCUCUGAGCGAUGUGAGCCUCUGACGGGCUGGCAACCCGAACAAGUGGGACUGGACAUUUUUCGCUUCCCGUGAAUAGCUUCCGCCUCGAAUCCCAACAAUUGUCUCUCGCGCGGCGUUUUGCAGUUCAGUACACACUCUCGACCUCUCACCAUCGAAUCGCAUUCCCUGCUUCCCCGGGCAUCUCUCUGUAGUGUGCUCGUUCGUUCGAAUCUUUCCUGUUUCCGUUUUUAGUUUUCCAUUCAGCACAUAUCUUUCACCAUGCUGUCCCAGAGAUUAAUAGGCCGUGCUGCCGUCCGGUCCGCCUUCAAGCCCUCGGGGCUCCCCGUCGUCGUUUCUCCCAAGUUGAGGAGGACCUAUGCGACCGAGUCUGGUCUGUUUGCCAAUAUCAAGAGCUGGUUCUCGUCAAAGGAUUCUGGUCGGCUGACUGUUGAUGUGCCUGUAGAGGAGAAGGAUCUCGUCAUCAUUGGUGGUGGUGUCGCUGGCUAUGUUGCUGCCAUCAAGGCCGGCCAGGAGGGUCUCAAGGUCGCCUGUAUCGAGAAGCGCGGCACCCUCGGCGGUACCUGCCUGAACGUCGGCUGCAUUCCCUCCAAGUCGCUCCUCAACAACUCCCAUCUCUACCACCAGAUCCUCCACGACUCGAAACACCGCGGUAUCGAGGUCGGCGAUGUCAAGCUCAACCUUGCCCAGCUCAUGAAGGCCAAGGAGCAGUCCGUCAGCGGUCUCACCAAGGGUGUUGAGUUCCUCCUCAAGAAGAACGGCGUCGAGUACAUCAAGGGCACCGGCACUUUCGCCGAUGAGCACACCGUCAACGUCAAGCUCAACGACGGCGGCGAGACCGCCGUCAAGGGCAAGAACAUCCUUAUCGCCACUGGCUCCGAGGUCACCCCCUUCCCCGGCCUCGAGAUCGACGAGAAGCGCGUCAUCAGCAGCACUGGCGCCAUUGCUCUUGAGAAGGUCCCCGAGAAGAUGCUCGUCAUCGGUGGUGGUAUCAUUGGUCUCGAGAUGGCUUCCGUCUGGUCCCGUCUCGGCGCCGAGGUCACCGUCAUCGAGUUCCUCGAACAGAUUGGUGGCCCCGGCAUGGACCUUGAGGUCGCCAAGUCCAUCCAGAAGAUCCUGAAGAAGCAGGGCAUCAACUUCAAAACCGGCACCAAGGUCGUUUCCGGUGACAAGACUGGCGAGAUCGUCAAGCUCGAGGUCGACUCCGCCAAGGGUGGCAAGCCCGAGACUCUCGAGGGUGACGUCGUUCUUGUCGCUAUUGGCCGCCGCCCCUACACCGAGGGUCUCGGCCUCGAGAACAUUGGCCUCGAGAAGGACGAGCGCGGCCGUGUCAUCAUCGACUCCGAGUACCGCACCCAGAUCCCCCACAUUCGCUGCGUUGGUGAUGUCACCUUCGGCCCCAUGCUUGCCCACAAGGCCGAGGAGGAGGCCGUUGCUGCCAUUGAGUACAUCAAGAAGGGUCACGGCCACGUCAACUACGGCUGCAUUCCCUCGGUCAUGUACACCUUCCCCGAGGUUGCCUGGGUUGGCCAGUCCGAGCAGGAGCUCAAGAAGGCCGGUAUCCCCUACCGCGUCGGUACCUUCCCCUUCAGCGCCAACUCCCGCGCCAAGACCAACCUCGACACUGAGGGUAUGGUCAAGAUGAUCGCCGACCCCGAGACCGACCGUAUUCUCGGUGUUCACAUCAUCGGCCCCAACGCCGGUGAGAUGAUUGCUGAGGGUACCCUUGCCCUCGAGUAUGGCGCUUCCAGCGAGGAUAUUGCCCGCACCUGCCACGCUCACCCUACCCUCGCCGAGGCUUUCAAGGAGGCCGCCAUGGCCACCUACUCCAAGGCCAUCCACUUCUAAGCAGCUGGAGCUUUUUGGCGUUGAAUGGGUAUGAGCACGGAAUAAUGUGCUGUCUGGAUUUCUAGCAAUGGGAGUAUGGAAAGAGGAUGGGAGGAGGUGUGUACUUGUACUGUAGUCACGGGCUUUCCCUUAAAGGUUUAAUAGGGGAUUUUCACUACGACAUGCUAAAUAGACGCCGCUUGUUGGUUGGACUAGGGUUGUUUGGCCUUGCGGGCCCUGGUUAGGCUCGAGACUCGAUGAAUACACGAGAUUUUCAAAGAUACAGAAAAGCUAGUUGCCAAAUGGGAAGGCUGGGGGCUGCUGGUUAUUUUAUGUUAGCAUUGAGUUAUAGAAGGUUGUGGAUUUUUGGAUCAC